UCCCCCCAGAGGACAGCACUGGAAUUACAGACAACAUUUUACAACAGCUGAAGACCAUCAGAAAUCAGGAAGGCUCUCACCUGAAGCAAUCAAAUCCAAUCUUUUUAAGUCUGCAGCUCCAGCUCAGACUUCAGGCCAACAAACACUGCUCGAUGAGAUUUUGCCAAAUACAAUAGAGACAACUGUUUAAAGAGACCAGGGUGGCUGACGGUUUUUCACCUUACAUCUAUUCAAGGAAAAAAAGAGACAAUCAAGUCCAAAAUAAAAGGAUAAACAGAGAUUUGUCUCAUCAUUGGAUUAAAACAAAGAGUGAAGUCCCAGUGAAACCCCUGGUCAAAAAGUCAAACCCUUUUCAAGUUAGGGGAGAAAACAAAGAAACAAAACAUAACUUGACAGUGAAAAACCGAUCCCCACUGGACAACCAGGAAAAGGAGAUCUGGACCAAAGACUCAAAAGUUAAUUUCACCAAAUUUACUCAAACUCCACUUGUGCUGUAAAUAUGGCUGACAAGAAGGUGCUUGACCAGCUAAAGACCGAGAGGACAACUGCAAAAGCAUCAUUCACCCGCCUUGUCAACAGCCUCACCAGGAACCAUGAUGACUUGUCUGAGGAGUAGCUCAGAGACAGUUUCAAGACACUCAUCGCAGCAGCUGACAAAGUCAUGGAAGCCAAUGACAAGGUAGAGGCUAAACUUCUGACACAGCUAAAAGAUGGAGAAACUGAACUCACCCAAGAGCAACAAGAAGAUCUGUAUAAUACUUCAAAGGAGUGUGAGUCAAAGCGGGCGAAGGUCAAAGGUCAACUCCAGAAGGCCCUGUGGGACAAGUUUGGAAAAAAUGAAAUGUCCAUUGCUCUUCUGGCAGCAGAUGAGGAGUGUAGACGCACCACUGCUGUGGAACCGGAGGAUAUGAACCUGGAUGGAUAUGAGUUCAUGCUGAACCACCUGGAAGGACUGGUGAAGACUGCAAAGGAGGUGCAUGGUCGGUGGAGACAAUGGGUCCCUGAAGAUACAGUAGUUGAAAUUCGGACAAGCUUAAAAGGUCUGGAACUACAGACCACCAAGUUGGUUUCCAAGAAGGCUGACUUCAUACAACAGAGGAUAAAGGAAGAAGUCAGGAGGGAACCAAUUGCUCCCAGUCAUCCUGUGCCAGCCAUCAAGUUGAAACCCACAGCCCUUCCUAUAUUCACUGGAAACAAACGUGAAUUCCACAGGUGGAAAAAGGACUGGGAAGCACUCCAGAGACAAGGUGAGCCAACUGGUUCCAAGGAGGUGAAGAAGGCCCAAUUGCUGGACAGUGUUGAGGACAAGAUCAGGAAAGACCUUCGUCUCACCACUCAUAACACUGCCGAUGACAUCUUCCGUGUUCUGGAGAACCGCUAUGGCAACCGGACUUCCAUUGCUAUAGAGAUAGUGGAGGAGUUGCAAAGAAUCCAACCCGUCAAAAAUAACCAGCCGCGAAAAGUCGUGGAGCUAAUCCAAGAUGUGGAGAAGGCGCUUCAAGAUCUCAGUGAGCUUGGGGACACCGGUGCCAUCAAAAACCCACUUGUGACCAAGUCGAUUGAGGGGAAACUCCCAGGACCUCUCAGAAAGGAAUGGCUCAUCUAUGCAGCAGACACCAGGAAUGCUGUGACUCCAGCAAGCAGGUUUGACGGUCUCUUGGACUUCCUCAAAGAGCAAGAGAGCAUAUAUGAGCAGCUGGAACAACUGGAUGAGGAACCUAACAAGAGGGAAUCGAAGCCUGAGCCAAGACAUGCUAGGACAAAAUCCACCAAAGCAAGUGACGACCACACUGGCUGUGUUGUCUGUGGAGAUGGGAAGCACAGGAAGAAGCUGUACUAUUGCAUGCAGUUCCGGGCACUUCAGCUUGCAGAGAAGAAGGCUGCUGCUAAGAAGUUGGGAGCAUGCAAGAGAUGUCUUGAAGUCCAUGAUGACAGUUCAGACUGCAAAGAGGAUUUCCUAUGCACCAACCAUGCCUGCAAGGAUGAACAUGCACCUGAGCAUCAUUUCUACCUCUGUCCAAACAAGAAAAGUAGCUCGGCACAGAAAAAGAACAAACCUGGCUCAAUGGAUGGCAAAAGCAGGAGAACAUACACAGAAGAACAAGAGGACUUUGUCAAGAAGCUUUCCCCAGAGCUGGCAAGGCAGUUUCAUGAUGCGUUCUCCAAUGCUGCAUCCAAGACGUUCAACACCACAAAAGUGAAAUCAGGACUUUUAGCUGAAAGUGGAUUGCAGGAACUGCCAGUAAUGAUGAUGUUGUUGGAGGUCACCGCAAACGCUGGAGAAAAGAUUGGAACACUGAUCGACCUGGCGUCCGACACCAAUUACAUCACCCACAAGGCUGCAGACAAACUGAACCUCAGGAGCGAAGACAUCACACUCAUUGUACAUGGUGUCGGAGGAAUGAAGACCAUUGUGGAAACAAAGCGGUACCUCUUGAAGAUCAGAGUGAAGACUCCAAGAGGCACUAUGAAAUCCCAUCAAUUGGUCUGUUAUGGUCUGGACAGCAUUGUAGACAUCCAUAAAAGUGUGGACUCCAAACGGCUGCAGAAAUUCUUUCUAGAUGUCCCACUUGGAGCUCUGACAAGACCCGAUGAAGUCAAUUUGCUCAUAAGUCACAGAGAGGGCCAGCUAGCACAUCAACGGAUCCGAGGUAUCGGAGACCUUGUACUGUGGGACGGGCCACUGGGAAUGACAGUUGGAGGCUCUCAUCCUGAACUCUUUGAAGACCUCACCGUUUCCGCCCACAUGUCCAAAACACACUUUGCGAGAUCAAUGAGGACUGCUGCUUUGAGGUAUGAAGAACUCACUGGCCCAGCUUGUAAAAAACCUCCCAACACUCAGGUUCACGCCAAGUUCCGGAGGUCAAACACUUCAACCACCAACCGGGACUUCCUAGACUGGUGGAAAUGGGACAGUAUUGGUGCAGCAUGUGACCCGAAGUGUGGAGGAUGCCGCUGUGGAAAAUGUCAACCAGGCGGCAAAGAAAUGACUCUUGCAGAGGAACGAGAGCUUGAGGUGGUAAAGGGUGGCCUCACCUAUGUCACGGAGGACAACCACAGCAAAGAGCCACAUUGGCAUGCCAGGUAUCCUUGGGUGGAGGACCCCAUGUCACUACCAAAUAAUAGAAAAACAGCUAAGGCCACAUUCCUGAGAACGGAAAAGCAACUUGCCAAAACACCUGAGUGGAAGGUGGCAUAUGCUGCACAAGUGCAUGACAUGAUUGAUCGACAAGCAGCCAUCAAACUACCCAAAGACACCAUCACCAAGUGGGAUGGACCCGUUUGGUAUCUCAGUCAUCUCAUUGCUCCUAACCCACACUCAGUCACAACUCCAGUGAGAAUUGUCUGGAACAGCAGUCAAAAGUGCAGAGGCGUCAGCAUGAAUGACCUGCUGAUGAAAGGCCCUGACGUCCUCAACCAGAUUCGAGCUGUGCUUCUCCGAUUCAGAAGUGGAGCACAUGCUGCGCUGGGUGACAUCAAAAAGAUGUAUAACUCAAUCUGGCUGAAAGACCAAGAAGUGCACCUUCACAGGUUCCUCUGGCGAGAUGCAGAGAAUGAGGACCUGGAGGAAUACGCAAUAACAAGAGUGAACAUAGGAGACAAACCAGCAGGGUGCAUAGCGCAGCUGGCAAUGCGUGAAACUGCAAACCUCCCUCUCUUUGCCCAUCUUGAAGAGGAGCGUCGAGUGCUUCACAACGACAGCUAUGUUGAUGACAUCCUCACUUCCCACAACAACCUUGACCAGCUAAACAUCAUCACAGCCAACGUGGAGAGGAUCCUGAAGACCGGGGGGUUUGAGUUGAAGCCAUGGGUCUUCACUGGGCAAAGUGGGAGGAAGGAGCGCUCUGAAGAGGAAAGGACAAUGAAAAAUACCAUUAUUUUACCAAACCAGAUGAGCGAUGAUGACAACAAGGCACUCGGUCUGGGCUACAGAGUCGAGGAAGAUAAACUCCAUGUCAGAAUCCGAAUCAACUUUUCAAAGAGGAAGCAAAAGAUGCGGCUGGGUGAAGACCUUCUGCAAGAGGAAAUCAGAGCCAUGACACCCAACCCUUUGACAAGAAGAGAACUUCUCAGUCAAGUGUCAGGACUGUACGACCCAGUUGGCCUUGUAACUCCUGCCAAGCAGAAGGGAGCUAUUCUGGUACGGAAGGCGUUUCAAGAGGCAAAGGCUGAAAGCCGUCCAGUCAAAGACACGUGGGACAUUGCACUCUCAGAUGACCUCAGAGGUGAUGCAAUCGAUCUGUUCGAGGAGUACCAUCAACUCAGCAAGAUCCUGUUCACCAGGGCUCUAACCCCCAAAUGCUUCAUUAUUGAACCACCCUCGGCGAUCACAUUCUCUGAUGGAAGUGAGCAUGCUUACGGAGCGGUGAUGUACCUGAGAUGGAUCACAGAUCUGGGUCCCAUCAUCAGACUGGUUGAAUCCAAAGCAAAGCUAACUCCCUUGGACCACAAAGGUGAUGCUGCAAAAGCAGAAAUGUGUGGAGCAGUGUUCGCCUCACGACUAAGGAAGUUCUUCGAACUGCACAGCCGAAUCCAAAUCAGAAAGUGGUUUCAUUUUGUUGACAGUCAAACAGUCCUCGGUGAAAUACGGCGAGAAAGCUAUGGCUAUCAAACAUUAUUUGCCAACUGGAUCGGAGAGAUUCAAAGCAGCACAGCAGUACAGGAAUGGUUGUGGAUCCCUGGGUCACAAAACAUUGCAGAUGUCAUCACCAGAGGAGCAGGCCCUCAAGAUCUGGAUCAAAAUUCAGAGUGGCAAAAUGGACCCAAGUUCUUGAGUCCGCCAGAAAGUGAGUGGCCAACCAAAUCUGCUAAGGAACUAGCAACCACCGCCAGAGAGAGCAUCAACAAGUUGCAGAGAAAGGCAUUUGCAGCUGUGUUGACAAGGGCCCAAGCUCGGAAACAGUUCCUGGAAAAAGAGCCCGAACACAAUCGAAACCAACUCAAAACAAAACAGAGACGGCAACCAGGAGGGUCAAUUGUUCAAAGCCUUGUGGAUGUCAAACGGUUCAGUGUCCUGACCAGACUGGUCAAAAUAGUUGCAAUGGUCUAGAGGGCAGCAAAAAGGUUCCGUAAACAAGUUCAGGCUUUGCAUGGCCCAAAGUGGGAGGCAAUCUACUCCAGAGGAGCCAUCUAUGUGGAAGAAAGGAAAGAUGCCCUGAGAGACAUUUUUCUUGCAGCACAAGAGGGCGCAAUCUUCCAAAACUCAACUACUGACAGGCUGGUGGUGUACAAAGACCAGGACUCUGGUCUGUGGUGGACGAGUGCACAUCCGGGUUUUCCCAAGCUACUGUGUCCCCCUGACAAAAGCCCCAAAGGCAAAGACCAGCCAUCCCAAUUCAAGCAGCAGAAAGGAAAAGCUUCAAGCCACCGUUCUGCACAGAGACGUAAGACGGUUGGUUGUCCUACUACCUGCUGAGGAACAGGAAUAGAAGAUCUUGGCACAACCACCAAAACCAAUCACGUGCACUUAGUUUGCCUACAGUCAGCGAUCUUCCCGAUGUAUCCAUGGAAAGAUCGAGUGGGAGGUGUUUUGGCAAACUCUACAUAAGGCCAAAGCCUUCACCCAAGCAGAAGGGCCUCAUGUCCAAAUGUCAGUUUGGCUCCCAUUUCCCCCCAGAGGACAGCACUGGAAUUACAGACAACAUUUUACAACAGCUGAAGACCAUCAGAAAUCAGGAAGGCUCUCACCUGAAGCAAUCAAAUCCAAUCUUUUUAAGUCUGCAGCUCCAGCUCAGACUUCAGGCCAACAAACACUGCUCGAUGAGAUUUUGCCAAAUACAAUAGAGACAACUGUUUAAAGAGACCAGGGUGGCUGACGGUUUUUCACCUUACAUCUAUUCAAGGAAAAAAAGAGACAAUCAAGUCCAAAAUAAAAGGAUAAACAGAG